UUUCAUUCAGAAUGCAUCGGUGGCGAAAUAUCUUUCGAUGACACAUGGAACACCGGCUCCGAUUUGUAAAAUGAACUUGAAAGGCCGUUCAGCGCAUUUAUAUUUGAGCAACAGUACAACAGCCGAGGGUGUUGAGGAUCCCGAACAYUAUGAUGAUCACGYGAUCGUACAACUUUCGGCGCGCAUACAAGACGGCRCACRCUGUCGAACGGACAGCCUCGAUAUGUGCAUAYAGGGUAAAUGCCAGCGCGAUGGCCGUGAUUUUAAAAUCGGUUCGACGGAAAAAAUCGACGCCUAUGGUGUCUAUGGCGGAGGCUCCAGUUCAAGUUUGCUGCCACUUUACUCUAGGGAAACAGCGCCUACAAMACAAUGUUCGAUGACAGGUGAAGGAGAAUUUGUUUCGAGAGGACAUCACAUGCUGUUCGAUGAGGCAACGUUUUGGAAAAUUUCGCUGAUGCGACCACAAUUCGAGACUGCAGAUUUGCGGACCCUUGUAGAGUUUGAUGCAUUUGCCACAUUAUUGCUUGGAACUCUAGAAGACACGAAUGAUGGCAACUGCAGGAAGGUUAACAAAGACGACACUGAGUGGCACGAACAGGAAGCAACGGACCAUAUAAGAGUCAGUACAAGUACAAAAAGAAAGCUGCCAACAGUUGGGAAUGCUGUUGCCGCAACACACAAGGCCAACUCACCACAAUCACCGCAGGCCAGGUGGCAAGCUGGAGACAGCAAUAACUUCCACGAGUCACCAUGUCACGUAUGAAUGGCGCAUCGGCGACCUGUUGCAGUAUUCAGAGAAGUGCGGAAAUGCAGGCGACGCAGGUGUACGGCAUCGCUCAAUAACUUGCCAUUACAUACCCACACAUAAAA